AUAGUAACUGUGUGUGGAUAAUGUCAACCGCCAUAAAAAUAAGAAUUGGAAUUGGAAAACCCAAAUUGAAAUUUCAAAGAGACAAAAAGAAGAAAGACGAUACAUCCAUCGAGAUAUGGGAAUCAUACAAUACGAUCCAAUGUAUUCUAUCUGCAGAGUUUCUUCUACAACCUUCCGUCGUUUCCCACGCGCCACCGCUCCUUUUCGUGUUAGAGCCUUCUCCACCGCCGUUCGCGAUAAGCCUUCGAUAUGCACCGCCGACGAACUCCACUAUGUCUCCGUCCACAACUCCGAUUGGAAACUUUCCCUCUGGCGCUACCACCCUUCUCCUCAGGCACCUACAAGAAAUCAUCCUCUGCUGCUCUUGUCAGGAGUGGGGACUAAUGCCGUUGGAUAUGAUCUUUCGCCUACGUCAUCCUUUGCACGUCACAUGUCAGGUCAGGGAUUUGAGACUUGGGUUCUUGAAGUACGAGGAGCAGGGUUGAGUGUUCAGGAAUCAAAUUCCAAAGAUAUUGAGCAGUCUGCCCAUGCAAUGUCUUCGAAAAUGGAAGAUAUGUUGGAAAAUGCAACCACUGGACCCAUGUCUUCGAAAAUGGAAUUGGAUAACAUAUCUGGUACUGUAUCUAAACCUUACAGUUCUGCUUCAGAAGGAGUAGAAACAGAGAAUGUGGCUGUAAUAGGAGACCUGGCUAAGUUAGCUACUGCUUGGGAUGAAUCAAAGCUGGUCGCUAAAUUGUCUGAGACUCUUACGCGUUUGUCAGAAAGAGUCUCUGGGUUUCUUGGUGAAAGUCAAGCAAAGGUCAUGUCUGCCAAACUACUUGAUCAGAUUUCAAAACUUUUGGUGGAUUCUCCAUUAUAUGAACAAUUCAACGAGGUGAGGGGAAAGCUUGCAACUUUGCUGGAAACAAGACAAAAUUCAGGCAUUACUAGUCAAAUAACUGAUCUGAGUGAAAAGCUGGUAAAUAUUAUUGAGGCAGGUCAGUUAUCCGUUUCUCCUCCAUUAUUUGAUUUGCAAGCUCGCUUUACUUCUACAAUAGAGGAUUUUCAGAAGCAACUGGAUUUGAUGGUGAAAUACAAUUGGGACUUUGAUCAUUACUUGGAAGAAGAUGUUCCUGCAGCGGUGAGGGGACAUCUGUUCAUGUUGGAUUGUUACACAUUCAUAAUUCCUUUUUCACUGAUUGAAUACAUUUUGAGACAGAGCAUGCCAAAAGAUGGAAAAUUGCUUGCAAUUGGACACUCCAUGGGCGGCAUCUUGCUGUAUUCAAUGUUGUCACGGUUUGGUUUUGAAGGAAAAGAACCCAAAUUGGCUGCAGUAGUUACACUGGCAUCAUCUCUGGACUAUACAUCAUCCAAAUCAACUUUGAAGUUACUCGUGCCUCUUGCAGAUCCGGCACAGGCUCUGAGUGUCCCUGUUGUUCCUUUAGGAGCAAUGUUGGUAGCAGCUUAUGAAGUUUCAUCUCGUUCACCAUAUGCUUUGUCAUGGUUAAAUACUUUGAUUUCAGCGGAGGGCAUGAUGGAUCCCGAUUUAUUUAAAAGGCUGGUCUUGAAUAACUUCUGCACCAUACCCGCAAAACUUCUCUUACAACUCACAACAGCAUUUCGAGAGCGUGGUUUAUGUAAUAGGGAUGGGACAUUUUUUUACAAGGAGCAUCUACACAAAAGCAAAAUACCUAUUUUAGCUACUGCUGGAGACAAGGAUUUGAUUUGCCCACCUGAAGCUGUGGAAGAUACUGUUAAACUAAUUCCUGAGCACCUGGUUACCUAUAAACUUUUUGGAGAACCCGAAGGCCCACAUUAUGCUCAUUAUGAUUUGGUUGGAGGAAGACUGGCAGUGGAGCAGGUAUAUCCAUGUAUAAUUGAAUUUCUUAGUUGUCACGACAAGUGAUGUACACCAAACACCAUCAAUUCAUCAAAUACAUUAUUCUUUGGUCACACUUGAUAACUACAUUCCUAACAGAAAGUUAAAAGAAAUUAUAGCCCUUUUGUGCAUUGGAGUUUGAAGUUUUCACAUUUUGUUUCCACCCAGCAGUGAAGGAUAUGAUUCUGAAGGCUGAAUUACUACCAGGUAUACAGUGAUAGGAAUUACAAAGUCAAUAGUCCUAAAGAAAAUUUUUCAGCAUUGUUGCUGAUUUGUUAUAAAACUUAUGUACAGAAUAUCAUACAUAGUACUCUAAUAUAAACAUGCCCAAGUUUCUUGAAUGUAAAUUGACCAAUUUCCUCUGUUCCGGGUGCCUGGACAUGGAUAGUCGAACAUCUUGCCUCUAGUCUAGAUGAUCUUAUAUUUAAUUGAUAAUGAUAAACUUA